GAGUGUGAGGAAUGUGGGAAGACCUUCCUCUAUGGCUCCCACCUCCUCACCCACUGCCGGGUGCACACGGGGGAACGGCCCUACAAGUGCUUGGAAUGCGGGAAGGGCUUCACUGUCAGCUCCCGCCUGAUCCACCACCAGCAGAUCCACACUGGGGAACGGGGGCCUCUGCCCUACAAAUGUGGGGAAUGCAAGAAAAGCUUCACAUGCAAUUCUCAACUCGUCAUCCACCAGCUUGUGCACAUGGGGGAGAAGCCCUACGAGUGUGGGGAGUGUGGAAAGAGCUUCACCUGGAGCUCUGUCUUGAUCAAACACCAACAGACCCACCAGUCAGGGAACCCCUGCGAGUGCCCCGACUGCGGGAAGAGCUUCAUCUGCUGCUCCAACUCCAUCACAU